CAUGGCCAGAUUUUGUCUCUCUUUUUUAAGAGCAUGACACGCCGACACUGUAUCCGACAUACCAGAAAUCAGAAACCGAACCUUUGGAGUGUUUCGUUUACUUAGGAAUCGACACGAAGACCUCUGGCAUAAACACCGGUUCUAUAAAUACCUCGCCAAUCUGGGUACAAAGUGACGUGCACACUGCCAGCGCCAUAACAUUGAUUAAAUUCCUGAUAGGCUAUAUGCCAUUACAAUAAUUCGUGCAUGCCUUUUUCGAUCAUAAAAACACGCCGUAGGCACAUCACACAAUACUUUGACGCAGGACCAGCUGUUGUAUACAUGCAUGAUUGUUCUCGGUCUUUUGAGUCUCCAAAAUUCAGGCAGGUACGGUGAAAAUAGGUCAGCAAUAAAGAUAUGGCGGAAAAACCUGUUGAAAAUCAGCCAGUUGCUAAGCCUGUGAUCUCGGUAACUAUUAGCGGGGAAACUACUGUGCGAAGACUACAUGGCGGUGCAGACGGUGCUGGUGGUAACUUUAACAAGAUGCUUCGCCGACGUCGCAGGUCGACCGACAGCCCCCGCGAACUAGGCCUACUCCGAGAAGAAAAAAUCGCCAAACAGAAGCUCAAAGAAGACUUGUCUAGGCUCGCCAGCAAAGUCCAAAAACUGAAAGCAGUUCUGGCUAAGCGAAGGACAUCGUCCCGCGGCGGCGAUGGUGGACAAAACCCAGUCAGGUAUCGCUGGAGGGAUAAUAAGAGAGGCUCCAACCAGGCACCAGACGACUGGGAUGAGGCGUUGGACUCCGCGUCCAAUUUCUUCCUGGUGAGUUUGGCAGCGUUGCUCGCUCUAUGGCUUGCCGUGAAUCUGUUCAGGGGCGUGGCCGUGUAUCUACUACCGGAGCUGUUCCUUGAGUGCGCCGUCCUUCCGCCGCAGACCACGGCAGGGGUCAUCACUUCCGCCGACAUCAGUGCCGUCUCGGAUUGGCGGGCGCGGACGGCGUUGGCAUGGCAAUUAUUAUUUGGACAUCACCCAUGUCAACCCGUGUAUCUGCAUCCACAGUGUGCAGGACAGAGUCAAGUAUAAUCAGCCUCCUUAACAGCUUGAUCGAGUGUACUCACUACCUCUUGGCACCAGAUGUCCGUCAUCCGUCGGUACGGAAAGACCCAGAUUCAAAUAGGCAUUUCUCAUCUCCGAAAGCUGCUUUUACUAUUGUAAACACAUGGCCCCUCAACAGCAUCGUCCCAGCUACAGAAGAGAGGAUCCCAUCUUAUUGUUGGCGUUGUCUCGACUGUUGUUCGGACGGUCUCAACUGCCACGCAGAUGCAUCGUGGGACAUUAUUUGGUCAUUUUUCUCGGCGGAGCCUCGUUUUGUCUUUUCUUUUCAGGUACAAUUCUGCCAACAAUGCUCUUCAUCACAGUGAUAUAUUAGUUAAUCAAAAUGUGGGAUUCUACAAAUGACUUAUGGACAGUUUUACUCGAACAAAUCUUUAGAAAAUGGCAUUUAGCAAAUCAAAAUGUUGUCUUUCAAGUUAUAUUUUGAAUGGGUAAAUAAACAUAUCUUUAGCUGUUCAUAUUUUUAUUGCGCUGUAAAUGCAAUAUUUAUACAUUGUAAUCAGAACUUUAAAUCUACAAAUGGACAGUUUUACUCGAACAAAUCUUUGGGAAAAUGGCAAAUAGCAAAUCAAAAUGUUGUUUUUCAAGUUAUAUUUUGAAUGGGGAAAUAAUUAUUAUAUACAUAUCUUUAGCUGUUCAUAUUUUUAUUGCGCUAUAAAUGCACUAUUUAUACAUUGUAAUCAGAACUUAAAAUCUACAAAAUAAUUAGAAUGCAUUACUUUACACGGCUCAAUGAGUAUUUACAACAUAAAAACGGUAGGUUUUUAAGUUAUUAAUAAAACUUAAAUUCUAAAACCGUCUUGAAAGCUGAAUAUACAUACAAGGAACGUACAAUAAAAUUAAUACGACUUGUAAUCGUUUGAAACACCA